CAGUGGAAUAUUUUCCAUUUGGAACUGGCUACAGGAUAACAUACAUUAAAAAAAAAAAGUAUUAAAAGAAGUCUACAGAUUAACAUUGCAGUCAUGGUAUAUGUCAGGCCUAUACUCACUUUAUUCUUCACUCAAAAACUGUACCUAGUCUUAACUAGAGAAAAUAAGUCAUAAUGAGCCUUCUUUGGGAAUUAGCAUAUUAUCUUAAAUAAUCAAUCAUCAUGACAAUUCCAUCAGUCUCCAAGUUUUAAUCUUCAGAUAUGCUUAAAUGGCUUGUAGUGACAAAUGUGAUCUCAUUCACACAGACACACUGAAAUUGAGGAGGACACAUUACAUCAUACUACUUUAUCCAAAAUAAACCUGGACAUUGCUACUGUCAACAAUGCUGUAUAACAAGUAAAAUGUUUCAAAGAGUUCAGAUUGGUAAAUACAGGAACGUUAUGACUAUUUAGAACAAAUGAUGGGUGAUGAGGUUAUUUAUGAUUUAGAAGUGAAGCAGCUGUAAUUACUGUACAAACCAAUUAAAAGAAAGACAUCAUCUAUGAAUAAUCUGAACUGUGGAACCAAUGCAUCAGUCGAGAAACAAACGCUUCUCUAUCUAUAAAUAAAAUGUAAAAACAUUAAAGUAUAAUAAAAAAAAUAAAAUAAACAAAACAAAAAAACCCAAAACAAAUAGGAUUGUCUGACUGCACCCAUAGCACAAUCGCAUACUUUAUUUUCCGGUGCCAUUGCCAAUUGCGUUUAUGCGUACAAGCUUAAUUGGAUAAAACGGCGCACCUGGUCACCAUUAAAGGGCCUCGCGCCCCCACUGCCUACUUAACGUGACACGCGCAGACAGCUCCUUCGGCUAAGUGAAAAUGGCUACGUACGGAGACGAGUCACUGGAUGCCUACCUGUACUCCUCCUACAACCCUUACUCCUACAGGUGUCCGCGGCCCAAGGGCUGGCGGCAGAAAAACUACGUGACCACUUACGGUGACGGCGAGAGCUACUUCGAGAACUACCAUCGCGCGCAGCUGAAGUCUAUCCUCUCGCAGAUAAACCCGAACCUGACGCCCCGGCUGCGAAAAGCCAACACCAAGGACGUGGGCGUGCAGGUCAACCCGAAGACCCACGCCGCAGUGCAGUGCUCGCUGGGCCCGCGCACUCUCCUAGCGCGCAAGCGAGAGGCACUGCGUAAGAGACGGCAGGAUGUCCAGACGCCCGCGAGCCCCGUCACCGGUGGCGUGCGGUUUCCGCGCACGCAGGCCGUGUAUUCACCGGUUGCAGCAAGGGCGCUGACAUCUUUCCUCGAGGAUGAUGAAGAGGAGGAGGAGGAGAAGAAGCGCGCCGAGAGCGCGGAGAAAACUGAGGACGAGGUGGCUGUAGAAGGCACAGACGCGCAGAGCACCGAGGAAGCCAAAGAAAAGCUUAGUCCCGGGAAAACCGACGACGGAAACGAUCAGACGGAAAUGACCGAGAAAAAUAAGAGCGACUCUGACCAAAGUGGACAAGACUUCAAGUCCAAGGGGAGAGUCCGCUUCCAGUUCUUGGAGCAGAAGUAUGGAUACUACCACUGCAAAGACUGCAACCUGCGCUGGGAGAGCGCGUACGUGUGGUGCGUCCAGGGCACGAGCAAGGUUUACUUCAAGCAGUUCUGCAGAACAUGUCAGAAGGCAUUCAAUCCCUACCGUGUAGAGGACAUAACCUGCCAGAAUUGCAAGAAGGCACGCUGCAGUUGCCCGGGAACAGCACGUCACGUGGACCCCAAACGGCCUCACCGGCAAGACCUGUGUGGCCGCUGCAAGGGCAAACGGCUCUCGUGCGACAGCACUUUCAGCUUUAAGUACAUCAUCUAGCACAGUACCACCAUGGCAGCGGGUCACUGCACUACCGUUCUCCCCGUUGCCUAGGUGAGGAUCCACACUCCUGUGACGGUGUCUGCAACGGCACAGCGGGGUCUCCUGUCAUGGCCAGUCUGUGCAGCGAGGGCUGGCAUACUUCCUAAACAUCUGGUUUUUGUUUAUGUUGACUAAUAUUUGCAGGAACCAUUUUUUUGGGGGGGGGGGGAAUGAAUUAAAAUGUCAAUGAACAGCAACAGUGCCGUCUUGCUGCCUUUGUCUGAACUGCUGAAGCUGCGUGUGGGCAUGUAGGAAUGCAUCCGAGUGUGGCAUGUCCCCUGUUGCUUUGUGAAUGUUGGGCAUGUCCUCUUUGCGUAGUGGUGUAAUUUAUCUGCAUGGCACUGAAGUGGGGACAGUUGAACCCCAGCUGUAGUGUCUAGUGGUGUGGUCUGGGAGGGGAGAACUCUAAUGGAGCAGAGAUGGACCCAGUGUUGGCCCUGCUCUCAGGUUGUAUACUUCCCCAUCUUCUGAGUCUGUACAAAGCCUGUAAUUUUAUUUCUGCUUAAUGUGACCAGCUCUGAUUCAGAGAGAUCUGGCACAAAAGUAACUUAUUACUAUUUUUGUUCGGUUGGAACAAACAUCUGAGGUCUUGAUCUCUUUUGGCCUGUGCCCAGCACCUUUGCAGAACUUGAAUGCAAAACCAUGGUCAUGAGUUCAAGUGCCAGGGUGCGCAUCUAACCACUGGCUCAUGCAGUAGAGGGAUGUCUGCCAAAGGCUGGAAAGGUACAUCAGUGCAAGUUACUGUAGGCCGGUUACCAACUGUGCAUAUUCACAUACUGAGAGUGGGAGGAGUUGCUUCUGGUUAGGCUUUUAUUUAAACAGGGGAAGGGAGGUGAAAUGACGGGGGGGGGAGAAACAGAAAAAGGGGGGGGGGGAGACUACACCACUAAAUAAAACAUUCUCCAGGUAAAUAUCCAUUAAAUAAUUAACAGCAUCCAAAAUGUACCAGACAAGCAACAACAUUGUGAGGAAGUGAUUUCUGUCAUCCUUUCAUGUUAAAUGUAACAUCCCAGCAGGCACUCUGUGUCCAUCUCCCACAGUGGCGCAAAGCCAAGCACAGUGCAGUGAAGCAAAAAACGUCUCAUCAGUGCAAGCCUGCAGCGUGGCCACGCGGAGCCAACAUGAUCACAGUGGAGAGUAAGGAAUGCAUACAGCUGGGGAAUGGGCACACCACAGCCCUGCUCCUCUGCACCCAGCCAGGCUCGCUUAUUAAGAAUUCUUAAGAUUAAGGUGUUGGAUAAUUAUGAAGGGUCAGUAGAGAUUUGGAGCUGGAAUUGUUUUGUUAGGGUUUUUUUUUUUUUUUUUUUUGCUUUAGUUUCAUACUCUAUUCUGGUAGAACAGUGCAUUACACAAAUGUACAAGGGAAAAAUA